CUCGGUUUAAUCUUCUUUUCCUAAGCAGAUUUCACCCAAAGGAACAACCAUGUCUGGAACUAAAGGUGGCGGAUAUUCCCAGCAGCAGGUCAACAAAUGCACAGACCCUUGUGCACCAGUGCAAAAGUGUGUUGACCCAUGCCAAGUCCAAGCCACUGUACAAUGCAAAGUGCCUGACCCUUGUGCACCUGUUGACCCCUGCCAGCAACAGGGAGGAGGAUACCAGUCUCAAGGUCAUGGAAGUCAUGGUAGCGGCGGAUACCAGUCACAAGGUCAUGGAAGUCAUGGUAGCGGCGGAUACCAGUCACAAAGCCAAGGUGCGGGAUACGGAGGCAGUUGCAAGAAGUAAAUUGACAAAGCUGUCCGCCGCUGUGAUAUUCUGAAAACAAGUUCAGAAGCUGAAACGAAACCUGAAUCUAUCAAUCUUAUCUAUUACCUAUCUAUAUGUGCAUAUGACAUUAUUUAAAAUCCCUUUUCAUGUUCUACUUCAGAAAAUAAAAUUAUUGCUUUGAUUAAA